AGUUUGGCCGCCGCCGCCGAGAACCGUUUGAGGAGCCGCCGCCCGAGACGCGGGGAGCGCGGGCCCCGCGGCCGCCAUGGGGAACCGGGGGAUGGAGGACCUGAUCCCGCUGGUGAACAAGCUGCAGGACGCGUUCAGCUCCAUCGGGCAGAGCUGCCACCUGGACCUGCCGCAGAUCGCCGUGGUGGGCGGCCAGAGCGCCGGCAAGAGCUCCGUGCUCGAGAACUUCGUGGGCCGAGACUUUCUUCCCCGUGGGUCUGGAAUUGUCACCCGACGUCCUCUUAUUCUUCAGCUAAUCUUCUCAAAAACAGAAUAUGCAGAGUUUUUGCACUGCAAAUCCAAAAAGUUCACGGAUUUUGACGAGGUUCGGCAGGAGAUCGAAGCAGAGACAGACCGGGCCACAGGAACCAAUAAAGGAAUCUCUCCCGUUCCCAUCAACCUGAGAGUAUAUUCACCACAUGUGCUGAAUCUGACGUUGAUCGACCUUCCGGGUAUCACCAAGGUGCCGGUAGGAGACCAGCCCCAAGAUAUUGAGUACCAGAUCAAGGACAUGAUCUUGCAGUUUAUCAGCCGAGAAAGCAGCCUGAUUCUUGCGGUGACUCCAGCCAACAUGGAUCUGGCAAACUCGGAUGCUCUUAAAAUGGCUAAAGAAGUAGAUCCUCAAGGUAAAACAAACGCGCCCACCUGCUGCAGUAACAUAACUGCUGCAGAAUCCUUUAACAAAGGGAUAUCAGGAUUCCCAUGUGUUCUGCUGAGCAGCUCUCGCUACUGUGGGGAAUCCCGGCUGGCUCUGCCAAGUGGAAUGAUGGUCCAGCAGUUUGGGGUGGACUUUGAGAAGCGAAUUGAAGGCUCAGGAGACCAAGUGGACACACUAGAACUCUCUGGUGGUGCCAGAAUUAAUCGCAUCUUCCACGAGAGAUUCCCCUUCGAGCUGGUGAAGAUGGAAUUUGAUGAAAAGGACUUGAGGCGAGAAAUUAGCUAUGCAAUUAAAAACAUCCACGGCAUAAGGACGGGGCUUUUCACACCAGACUUGGCAUUCGAGGCCAUUGUGAAAAAGCAGGUGGUGAAGCUGAAAGAGCCUUGUCUGAAGUGUGUCGACCUGGUUAUUCAGGAGUUAAUCAAUACAGUUAGACAGUGUACCAGUAAGCUUGGCUCCUACCCCAGGUUACGAGAGGAGACCGAGAGGAUCGUUACCACUUACAUCAGGGAACGGGAAGGAAAAACAAAGGACCAGAUUCUACUAUUGAUCGACAUUGAGCUCUCCUAUAUCAACACUAACCAUGAAGACUUCAUUGGAUUUGCCAACUGUUACACUGAGCAGCACUUGACAGCAGGUGCCCAGCAGAGGAGCACCCAGCUGAACAAGAAAAGAGCCAUCCCAAAUCAGGGUGAGAUAUUGGGCUCCUUCCUUCCCUCCGCCAGAAAAUCUGUAAUCCGCAGGGGCUGGCUGACGAUUAACAACAUCAGCAUAAUGAAAGGAGGCUCCAAGGAGUACUGGUUCGUGCUGACUGCAGAGUCUUUGUCCUGGUACAAAGAUGAGGAGGAAAAGGAGAAGAAAUACAUGUUGCCCUUGGAUAAUCUGAAAAUCCGGGAUGUGGAGAAGGGCUUCAUGUCUAACAAACACGUCUUUGCCAUCUUCAACACGGAGCAAAGGAAUGUGUAUAAAGAUCUCCGUCAGAUUGAGCUGGCCUGUGACUCCCAGGAAGAUGUGGACAGCUGGAAAGCCUCCUUCCUCCGGGCUGGUGUUUAUCCAGAGAAAGACCAAGUGGAGAAUGAGGAUGGGGCCCAAGAGAACACCUUCUCCAUGGACCCGCAGCUGGAGCGCCAGGUGGAGACCAUCCGCAACCUUGUCGACUCCUACGUGGGAAUCAUCAACAAGUCCAUCCGGGACCUCAUGCCAAAGACCAUAAUGCACCUCAUGAUAAACAAUACCAAGGAUUUCAUCCACUCGGAGCUGCUGGCCUACCUGUACUCCUCCGCAGACCAGAACAGUCUGAUGGAGGAGUCGGCCGACCAGGCGCAGAGGAGGGACGACAUGCUGCGGAUGUACCAUGCUCUGAAGGAGGCCUUGCACAUCAUCGGGGACAUCAGCACCAGUACGGUCUCCACGCCGGUCCCGCCGCCCGUGGAUGACGCCUGGCUGCAGAGUGGGAGCAGCCCGACGCCCCAGCGCAGACCUACCUCCACCGUGCUGCCGCCAGGCAGGCCCCCAGCUGUGAGGGGCCCAACUCCAGGCCCCCCUUUGAUCCCUGCCCCUGCAGGGAGUCUCUCUUCCUUUGUGGCUCCCCCCAUCCCCUCGCGUCCUGGACCUCAGAACGUAUUUGCUGCUAAUAACGAUCCCUUCUCAGCCCCUCCUCAGAUUCCAUCACGGCCGGCACGCAUUCCGCCUGGCAUUCCCCCGGGCGUGCCCAGCAGAAGACCCCCCGCAGCGCCGAACCGGCCAACCAUUAUCCGACCGGCUGAGCCCUCCUUGCUAGACUAGCCCCCUGGGGGGCUGCUAGUGACUCCUGUGUGCCUGGUGCGGCUGCCCCACACCUGCUGUCUGGGGCGGGGAGGAAGAGGGGAAAUCCCCCCCUCGUCUCCCAUGUCUAAUUUCUUGUUUAAAAAACCUUACGACUGUGAUCAGCUCUGCAGAGUGGUUCUAGCCAAGGCCAAUUCCUGUUAGCCUGGUGGACUUUCUCUGGGAUGGGCACAGCAGGCUCCUUCCUUGUAAAUACCAAUGGCGUCUGUUAAGGGCAGUCGCUGUGUUCCUUGUCCUGAUGGCCCUCCCCUCUCCCCACAGCUCUCUGCUCUUUCCCAGCUAGGAAGUGGGUAACUGGCAUUACACUCUGGGGGGCUGGUUCAGGAGAACCACCACCCCUCGGAACGAAUACCCCAGCGCAACUCAGCGCCCCCACCACCGCCACGAUGUCAUAAAAAGCAGAGGAUUCUAUUUUGGGGGUUGACUUUUGCACUUUGUUGAAUAACACACAAUGAACCCCAGCUGGGUUCUUGCCUUGGGAUCGUCUGAAUGUAGGAAGUAGAGACGGGAGUUCUGAAAGGCAGUUGAAACAGACUGUCCUAUUUCUCUCUCUGCACAGAAUCUCCUUAAACUCCUGCUAUUCAGGCUGAUCCGAUUUCUGUCUCUGGCUCCUCUUCCACCCCCCUCAGCCAGCCAGAAUUGUUUUGUAUUGUUAAUAUAUUCUAUAUAAAACACUUAAUGAUUUCCCCCCUCCCUGAGGCCCUUCCCUAAACUUGAUUGCUAAUCUGAUCAUAGGCUAUAUUUCAGUUCUAUAGCGUGGAGGAAGAUUUAUAUAUGAGAAAUAAUGGGACUGCAGAUAGUGAUUUGCUAAUUCAAUCCUAAUUCACCCCAAAUGGGAGCAGACUCUUCAGGUUAGCCCUUUGUCAGGAGGUGCUUGGCUGAUUGUGAACCUCAGGUAUUCCUCAUGCAAUAUCUGCCCCUGUGCCCAGGCCCCCAAUUGGGGCUUAUGUUCAGCUAGUAAGUGACAAACUUGGAUUGUGUUCUGUGAAAGAAGCACUUAGCCAAAGGGCCCUGGGCUGAUGAGCCUCAGCAAACCCAAUCGGAUGAGCAAAAUACCAAGCCAGGUGGGGCCCCAAAUGGGCCAUGGAAUGAGCAUAAGGGAGACAUGCAGAGCGCCAAAGUAGCAGGCGGGGUUCUGUGUCAGUAGCAACUUCUGUCACUAGCUGGUUGCUUUGCUCGUUCUCCACUUGGUCAGGGUCCUAGGCCAGCUGGAGCAGCAGAGGGUCUCGUAACCGAAAGCCAGGGCUUGGACAGCUGGGGGCAGGCUUGAGGGCUAGCGCAGGCUGUGGACAAAGGCUUGUCUGAAGCCUUUCUAGGAGCAAAACUCCCAGGAGCUCCACAGCCAAUGUCCAUGAAAGACCAGAUGUGUUUUCCCUCCUGCUGGUGGGCAGCCCGGGGUUGUAACAGGCCCUGGUGUCCAAAAGCUCAGGUGGAGAACGUGUGACUCCUGUCGGAUGGGGGAAGGGAGGUUGUGAUGCCCACAGUGCUAUGUACAUGGAUCUAGCCCAGGAGAGAGAGGCUGUACUGCACCGUGGGCAUGUGACUCUUCACUGGGGAGGAAGCUGAGGGAGUGCGUUUAGCAACUGGAAACUUGCUGUGGAAGGCUUUGGCGUAGUAUCCGUUCUGUGCCUCUCCACGCACCUCCCCUUCCCUCGAGCUGUGCUUGAGCAGUGCCUUCUCGGGUACCUUGGCAAAGCACUCCACACCAGGGCCAGAAGCAGAGGCUGUGCGUGCGUGUGCGUGUAUGUGUGUGUGUGUGUAUAUAUAUAAAUAUAUAUUUUUAAAGACUAUUAAUUGUAAAAUCUUGAGGUGUUUGGGGUUUUUUUAAUCCGGUUCAAGCCCAACCCUCUGCUCUCUGAGAACCUGUAGGGCUGAUACUUCGCCCAACAACAUCCUCUAGCCAGAGAACUAUGGAAAAGAUCCAUGAACCAGCCUGCCUUAAAUAACCUUUGUUUCAAAGAGCCUGUCUUCAUCGUGGCCUCUCCCCUUCCUGCGUGGCGGGAGGGGACCCGAACUGCUUCCUGGCGUUGGCAUUUGAACCUUAGCGCAGGCGCUGGUAACCAAAAGCAUUAACGCUUGUAUGGAGACGGCACGGUGGCGGAGUGCGAGCUGACAUGGCCCGGGCAGCCAUGCUGCCGGCUUCACAAAGCAAACUUGCAAACCAAAAACAUGCCUAGCAACUUGCUGGCCAUUAAAACUUGGCUCCAGCAGGGGGCAGCCUGGCUUGCUGCUUGUCUUCAACACUGUCACUAUUUCCUUGCACUAGCAGCAGCUGCUUUGUUCUAGGCUGUUGUGCAAUGCAGUCCUUAGCCCACUCCCAUCGAUGCUCUGGCCAUUCGAGCUGCCUGCGCAGGGGUUCCUGAGGUCCCUUUGCUUGUCUGUUUUUUACAAAAUCCAAUUGCCUCUGUUCCGCCUCCUGCUAGCUCUCCCUGAUGUUCUCGUGUGUGAAGUGGGCUCUGGAACCUCUCUCUCAUCUCGUGUUGAUUACAAACCCCAGUCCACUUCUCUCCUGUUCCUUCAGUUUGCUGAUUGUGUAAGUGCCUCCACUCUGUAUCCUAUUAAUAAACUAAAAAAUAAAGGGAAAAAAAUCAGCUGGUG